GCCUCUCGAAUUCGUUAGCUUUUGCCGCCUCCUUUGAUCCACAGGAAAAAUAUUUAUAUUUCUCUAUAACUACUCUUUAAUUUUCAAGCAUUCUCCAAAUAAAUAAUCCAUUUAUCAUCAUCGGAUCAUCAUCUUCUUCUUCUUCUUUCGUCAAACUCCUAUUCAUCAUCAACCCGGUUACCAUUCACUUAUCAUCAUCUCCUUGUAGUUCUGUAACACAUGGAGAUGGAGCUAGAGCAAUCCAUGCAGAGAGAGGCCACUCCUAGUACUGCUCAAGCUAUGCCCUCGAAGAGUACUUGGACUUCUACCAUCUUGGCAAACGACGACUCACCAUCAGUUACACCUACUGGUAUUAGUAGUUCGUCAUCUCCUUUGAUAUCAUCUUCUGCUAAAGAUCGUUUCCGUUGCUCGAAAUCGUUUAGGGCACUAGAUAUUGGUGCCCCGAAGAGCAACAGUACCACUGAUAAAAAGCUAGCAUGGUUGCGCUCUCAAAUCAUUGGUGAUGAUGUAGAGUUUGAUUCUCCAUUUGGAAAGACAAGACUCACCUAUGCUGAUCAUACUGCCUCCGGGAGAUCUCUUCGCUAUAUCGAGAAUUUUAUCAUCAACAACGUCCUCCCCUUCUAUGGUAAUACACAUACUAGUGACAGUUAUGUGGGACAUAAGACCACAAAAAUGUUGCAUGAAGCUGCCGAAUAUAUCAAGAAGUGCUUAGGUGGGAGCCAAGAUGACGCAAUCAUGUUUUGUGGCUCAGGCACCACCGCAGCCAUUAAGAGAUUACAAGAAGUAAUGGCCAUUGCUGUGCCAUCAACUUUGAGAGAUAGGCUAAUUAAAUGCCUAAGUAACGAAGAGAGAUGGUUGGUUUUUGUUGGUCCUUAUGAGCACCACUCGAAUCUGCUAUCGUGGAGGCAAAGCUUGGCAGAAGUAAUUGAGAUAGGUUUAGACGACAAUGGCUUGAUAGACAUUGAAGAUCUAAGGCAACGACUUGAAUCAUAUAAACAUGCAAACAGGCCUAUUUUGGGUUCCUUUUCAGCUUGUAGUAAUGUGACUGGGAUUUUCUCGGAUACUCGAGGAAUUGCUCGACUUCUUCAUCAACAUGGUGGUUUUGCUUGUUUUGAUUUUGCUGCAAGUGGUCCAUACGUGAAAAUUGAUAUGAGAUCCGGAGAGAUUGAUGGUUAUGAUGCGAUUUUCCUUAGCCCACACAAAUUCCUAGGGGGGCCAGGAUCACCGGGAAUACUUCUGAUGAGCAAAGCCCUUUAUCAGCUAGGAUCCUCAGCUCCAUCAACUUGUGGAGGUGGGACUGUUGAUUUUGUAAAUGGCUACUGUGAAAAGCAUACAUUGUACUUGAAUGACAUAGAGGAGAGAGAGAGUGGAGGAACUCCUCAAAUAAUUCAAACCAUUAGAGCAGCAUUAGCUUUCUGGGUUAAAGAAUACAUUAGCCACCGAGUGAUUGAAGAGCAAGAGAAUAUGUACAUCGCAAAGGCACUCCACAGGCUUCUCCCAAACAAGAAUAUAUGGGUUUUAGGUAACACUACUGCUAAGCGACAAGCUAUACUGUCCUUCCUCAUAUACUCCACCACAAACUCUUCUUCAACAAGCAUGAUACAUGAGAGCAGCACAACUGAUAGCAAAAACACCAACGAUGAGGUUCUUUACAUGUGGGGAGAGAUAGGAAACAAAAGGGACAAGCCUCUUCAUGGACCUUUCGUCGCAGCACUCCUUAACGACCUAUUUGGUAUUCAAGCUAGAGGUGGCUGUGCUUGUGCUGGCCCCUACGGUCAUAGUUUGCUCCUUGUCAAUGAGCCACGCUCCCUAGCCUUCAGAUCUGCCAUAAAUAAGGGUUAUGUUGGAGUAAAGCCAGGUUGGACAAGAGUUAGCUUCCCCUACUACAUGUCAAGUGAGGAUUUUGAGUUCAUUCUUGCUGCGAUUGAGUUUACAGCCAUUUAUGGCCAGCGAUUCCUCCCACUGUAUCACUUCAAUUGGAAAACAGGUAGCUGGACGUUCAGAAACAAGGAAUUCAAGAACCCAGUAGACAAAGAAAACAAUAAUGACACCAACAAGUUCGCGUCAUAUUUUACGAGGGCUAAACACAUUGCGAAUCUGCUUCCCAAAUUCCCUUCCCAACGAAAGAUUCCUCGGGAAAUAGACCUUGACCUCUUGUAUUUCCGAGUCUAGUACCACUCCACCUCCUGCUGUUGGCUACUACUGAGUGUUCCUGUGUGGAGUCAUGCUGGCAUGUCAAUUUUUCUUCUAUUGAGGUAUUCAUUAGUAUCACAUUGAUAUAUAUGUGUAUGUAUAUCAAGAAAAUAUACACAUUUUUUUUUUAAUUUCUUUUUACAGUUUAUUUUUA